AGCUCAUAUCGAUUUCUAUCGCCAUAAAGUUAAGUGAAACUCUCUUAAACUCAUAUGUACAUUAGAACGUUUUCAUCAACAAUGCAGAUUAUCGUUGGUAGUUUGCUGCUGUUCAUGGCAGUUGUUACAAAAGCAGAUGAUUCAUCAAUUAUGUGUACAGAGAGUUAUUGCAAUAAAUAUCCCGGCCAAGCAGAUCCAGCUUGUCCAACCCUACCGUCAUUGUGCAAUAAGACCAAAUCGGAUAGUGGUAUAUUUUUGCCAUCUCCAACUCCUUGCAACUGCUGCGAUUUUUGCAUCGCCUACUUAAAUGAAGGUGACACUUGCUCUACCGGCGAAAAAACGAGUGAUUCUCCUACAGAAAUCUGCGGUCCAGGAUUGUAUUGCGAUCAAACAACCGAAAAAUGUCGCAAAAUGACAGGUACUCUCUGCCUGAAUGCUCAGGCAAAGUAUGAUGCAGAUAAAGCAGUUGGAAAAGUUGGAGAUUAUCAAGUCCGACCAAGUUGUGAUGGAGAUGGUUAUUACGUUCCAUACCAAUGUAUUCCAGGAGGCAUAUGCUAUUGUGUUGAUAAAGAUGGAAACAGGAUAUUUGGCAGCAUAGAAAACAACGGUAGAGCGGAGUUCGAUUUACCUUGUACAUGUUCAAGAAAUUUCAAUGAAAUGGGCAACAUUGUAGGUAGAAAGCUUCGGCCAGGGGAAUACUUCAGAUGUGCUCAAAAUGGAGCGUAUGAGCCUCUACAAUGCAUUUAUGAUACUACAUGUCUUUGCGUGGAUACAAUGGACGGAGCUCCUACAUACAAAAAUGCAAUACCAGUAGAAAUUUACGCUUUAUCGAACGAUACUUUACCUUGCUUCAACAAAACAGUUAAUAUGGAAGGCAAGUUUUUCAGAAGAUGUGAAGAAUUACAUAUGAACAGAACGAAGGAGAUUGAGGAUAAAAAAGAAGACUACGACAAAGUACUCGCAUACGAAUUGCCGGAUUGUACACCCGAUGGAAAUUAUGCCCCUGUGCAGCAGAAUAUCACACACAAAUACUGUAUGACACCACAAGGAAUUCCCCUCACCGAGUAUAUAUUAGAGAAAAUACCUUCAAAUGCUAAACUACUCUCUAAUAUGAACUGCAAGUGUGCAAUGGCUCUAAGGAUUAUGUCGUCUGAAGAAAAGCCCUCAUGUCUGAAAAAUGGAAACUAUAAUCCAAAACAAUGCAGACGCGGAGCCUGCUAUACAGUGGAUGAAGAUGGAAAUCAGAUAAUUUCAUGAAAAGGGAAGAAAUGUGAAAAUAAGUUUUUAAAUCGGUAAUACAAAUAUAAUUCGAAUUCGAUUCGCUAUCUUGUUAUGCUGUACAUAUAUUAUUUUGAAUCGCCUCACCUUCUUCGAUGUCAAAUUCAUAAUAAAUGAAUGAAUGAAUAAAUAUUACCAAACAUAA